AGGUGGCGGAGUUCGUGGACCUCUUCGAUUACGACGCCAGCGGGGGUGGCGUGCGCGGCGGCGAGGCUGCCCUGGAGGCGGAGUUGGCGCGCGUGCUGGGGGAGGAGGGCCGGGGCGUCUGCUACGUGGAAGGGGGGAACACGUUCUGGCUCCUGCACGAGGCGCGCCGCAGCGGCCUGCUGCGGCUCCUGCCGCCGCUGCUGGCCCGCGGCCCGUCCGCAUACGUGGGCGUGUCCGCCGGCGCGAUCCUGGCGGGGAGCACCUGCGAGACGGCGCACUGGAAGGGCUGGGACGAUCCCGCGGUGGUGCCCGAUCUGGAGGCCUUCUUGGCCGAGCCCCUCCGCGGCCUCGGCCUCGUCGGGGCCGCCUUCCCGCACUUCGACCAGGAGCUCUGGGGCCCCCUUGUCGAGAGGCGGAGGGGGGAGCUCGCCGAGCCCGCGGGCCUGCACCUGGUGCCGGACAGGGGCGGGGCGCUCGUGCUGCAGGUGGCGUGAGGCCCCCCCCCCGCUGGCGAGAGCGGGCCGCACCCGCGAGCGGGCCAGCGAAAAGGAGCGCAGGUGCC